AUGUUGCCCUUGGCUGGCAGCUAUGGCGAGCAAUCACCAGAGACCGAAUUUCCGUCACGGAAGAGAGCUCCUACAAUAGCAAUACAUCCUGCUGACGAGGUCGUUGUUCAAAACAGCCAUCUGCAAACGCCGUCUGCCUCGUCUUCCGGCAGGACACCUGAUCGUCAAACAGCUCUCCAGAUACCCGUGAUAGAUUGCGCAGAUGUAGACCCGGACAACACGUCGGCCACGACCAUCUCACCCGUCUUCUCCGCCAUGAGGACCUACUCUGCCUCGUCUUGCAGCACCUUCGCCGUCCACGGCAGGUCAAGUAGUCGGCGCCUGUCCCAUUCUAGCACGUGCGGUGCGCCGUUUCUUUUGUCGCCAAAGGCCUUGGCCGGGACCAUUGCUUCCAAGAGCAUAGCGGAGCUCGAGGCCCUCGGCGGACUCAAUGGCCUGGCUCAAGGUUUGCAAACUGAUUUACAUGCCGGCCUGUGUGAGGACGUAUCAUCGUCUGAUGCUGGCCGCCCGUCACUGGAGCAAGGGAUACACGGGCCACAUCAAGGUAGAGUCGAGAUAUACGGUGUCAACAAGAUACCGCCAAAGAAGACAAAGGGCAUCCUCGAGCUGAUGAUGCUUGCGUUGAGCGACAAGGUCCUGGUUCUGCUGUGUAUUGUCGCCGGCAUCUCAUUGUUCAUCGGGGUAUAUCAGGCUCUGUUCCAACCACAUCUGCCAGGGCAGCCGAGGAUUGAGUGGGUGGACAGCUUGACCAUCAUGGCGGCCGUUCUCAUUGUUGUAGUAACAGGGGCAGUCAACGACUACCAAAAAGAGAAGCAGUUUGCCCGUCUCGUCAAAAAGACCGAAGACCGGGUUGUGGAAGCGAUACGUUCUGGGAAGAGUACGGAAAUAUCUGUUUUCGACAUACUCGUCGGCGAUAUUCUCCACGUCUCCGCCGGCAGUGUGAUCCCGGCCGAUGGCGUGCUAGUGACGGGGUUCUCAGUGCGGUGUGAUGAGUCGUCCAUCACUGGUGAAUCGGAUCACAUUACCAAAACGCCUUUGAAUACUGCGCUGUCGAGACUGGACAUUGGCGAGGUCGCCAAGGAUAUAGACCCAUUCAUGAUCUCUGGGAGCAAAGUCUUGAAAGGAAUGGGCACCUACUUGGUCACCGGAGUUGGGGUCAAUAGCAUGUAUGGCCGACUCAAGAUGGACGUUACCGAGAGGACGGAAGCCACGCCGUUGCAGAAGAAACUGAGUGACAUAGCGGACAGGAUAGCCGUGGCCGGCGUGACCGUCUCUGUUUUGUUGUUUGGAGUCCUUGGCAUCGAAAUCCUCGUUCAGCUACCGGGCUCUGACCGGUCCUUUGUUGAGCUUGUGCAGAUGUUCCUCAGGGUGUUCAUGAUAUCAAUAAGCAUCAUUGUUGUUGCCGUUCCCGAAGGCCUACCGCUAGCUGUAACUCUCGCUCUCGCAAUCGGCGUCACAAGAAUGCUCAAGGACAACAAUCUGGUCAGGGUUCUCUCGGCGUGUGAAACAAUGGGCAACGCAACCGUGGUGUGCUCUGACAAAACCGGAACGCUUACCAUGAAUAAAAUGGCUGUCGCAGCUGGCUGUGUUGGAUUGGACGGCUCGUUUGAUGACCUGGGACACCAGGGAAUGGAGGAGAAUCCGAGUUCUCCAGAUGAGCGUAAUCAACCGUGCUACUCCGGUCUAGGGAGUUCCUCAUCGCUCGUUAGAUUCCGGUCGUCGGUCGAUCCGCUAGUUCGGGACGUCUUGAUGCAGUCAAUCUCUACGAACUCGACAGCAUCAGAGGGGGUAGUAGAUGGAAUAGCGACCUUUAUUGGAUCCAGCACUGAAGUCGCGCUUGUCACCUUUGCAAGAACGUGGCUGGGUAUGCAGCCAUUGCAGGAGGAGCGGGCAAAUACGCACAUCGUACAGGCCUGUCCGUUCGACUCUAGGAGAAAGUACAUGGCUACUGUGGCCCUCCAAGCGAAUGGCCUGCACCGACUGUACUUGAAAGGUGCUCCUGAAGUCAUCUUGCGAAAAUGCGACCGAGUCUUGUAUAAUGCAACCCUACCGCUAACGGAGGAUGCAACCCUCACCCCUGACCGCUACCAAUCUCUUCUCCAAAACGUCGAGUCCUAUGGAAGGCUUACACUACGGACCAUCGGAUUCGCCUACAAGGAUAUUGUCUGCUGGCCACCAACAAGCACAUCGAGCGAGGAUGAGAUGUGGGAGCAACUUCUUACCGGCAUGACAUUCCUGGGGACGCUAGCGAUUCAUGACCCUCUCAGACCCGAAGUUACCAAUGCCAUAGCGCAAUGUGCCCAGGCAGGAGUGUCGGUUCGAAUGGUUACGGGUGAUAACAUCCAAACUGCGCGCGCGAUUGCGCGAGAAUGUGGUAUUUUAACCGAUUCCGGGAUCGCCAUGGAAGGGUCCCAAUUCAGAAACCUGUCUGCAUCCGAGAUGUACGAUCUUCUCCCCAAACUACAGGUUCUUGCUCGAUCUAGCCCCGAGGACAAGAAGACACUUGUCCAGCGACUCAAAGAGCUGGGUGAGACCGUGGCCGUCACUGGCGAUGGGACAAAUGACGGGCCGGCACUACGGACGGCAGACGUGGGCUUCUCGAUGGGGAUAUCCGGCACAGACGUCGCCAAGGAGGCAUCGUCCAUCGUUCUCAUGGAUGAUAACUUUUCAUCCAUUGUAAGCGCUAUUGAGUGGGGCAGGAGUAUUAACGACGUAGUGAAGAAGUUCCUCCAUUUUCAGCUCACGGCAAACAUCACCGCCGUCACCCUCACAUUCGUAUCAUCUGUGUCCAGCGGCACAGGCGAAUCCAUCAUAUCGCCUGCCCAACUGCUUUGGAUCAACCUGAUUAUGGACACGCUAGCAGCGCUGGCGCUUGCGACUGACCCGGCAAAUCCUUCUGUCCUUCAGCGCGCCCCGGAUACCAAAGCCACGCCGAUGAUAUCGAUUACCGGGUGGAAGAUGAUUAUCGGACAGGCAAUAUACCAACUGCUCGUCAUGUUCGUACUCGAUUUCAAGGGGGCCGAUCUUCUGAAGCUCGUGAGGUCAGACGAGGCGGCUACGUUGGAGACAUUUGUGUUCAAUACCUUUGUAUGGAUGCAGCUAUUCAAUCUAUACAACAACCGCCGUUUAGACAACAAGCUCAACAUUUUUGAGGGCCUGCACAAAAAUGUCUACUUCAUUGUUGUCAACAUCAUCAUCAUCCUGGGCCAGGUUCUCAUUGUGACCAUUGGUGGAAUCGCACUCUCAACAACGCCGCUUUCGGUCAAGGAAUGGAUGAUUUCGAUAUUUCUUGGCGCACUGUGUAUGCCUGUUGCUGUCUUGCUUCGACUUCUUCCCGACGACGUGGUUGCAAGCGCAUUCGGGCUACCGAGGGCGUGGCAAACGUGGUUCCGCAAACGAUCGCCCUCGACGACGCCGAGCAACGCAACGUGGCUUUCGACGGUUGACCACAUCCGCUACGAACUAGUUACGUGUACGCAGCCACGGAGUUCCCGGCUGCGGCGCCUGAUCCGCACCUCGUCAAGGGGUUGGGGGUGGUCCAGUUCUGGAGUCGAAUCCGAAAGAGGGCAUUCUGAUAAUGAGAGAACACCGCUACUUCAAAAUCGAGAUGCCGACGUUAUUGGCAGUAGAAGAGGCUCGGUGUGUGCACCGUCGGUGGUCAUGGUUGGCAUGGUGGCUGGGGGAGUUGGGGGACUGCCUCGUGUUGAGCCUCAUAAUGAUGCGUAG